AUGGGGGAAGCUGAAGCCCUUCAAAAGGAAUUGACUAAUGUUUUAAAAAAAUUCCCAAUGUUUGAUGGAAUAUUACAAGUAGUUGACAGAGUUGGAUUAGAACUCAACAUAUUUAAUGGAAACGAAAAUACUGAUUCAGCAUAUGGUAGUAGGAGUCCAUCGCCUAUAGUAACUAAUACGGAUGAAAAACGUGGGAUAAAACGUAAAUUCGUGGAUGAGGAGUAUUUUAAAAGCAUACAAUACGUCGCUAUAAAGAAAAUAAUUAUUAACUAUUCAAUCGGAAGGGUUGCGGAAGAAAUUUCAAUUUUACAUGAAUUAAGAGGGUACGGCAAUAUUAUUCAACUUCUGUCAGCGCAUAGAUAUGAAGACGAAGUGAUUCUUAUUACUCCACAUUUCGAGCAUGAUAAAUUUCGGAAUUUUUAUCAAAAAAUGACAAUCGACGAUAUCAAAUCGUAUUUUCGGGCACUUUUUGAAGCGUUAAAGGAUGCACAUUCUCAUAAUAUUGUUCAUAGAGAUGUGAAGCCGGGUAAUUUUCUGUAUAACAUGAAAGAAAAGAAAGGAAUCUUGGUAGACUUUGGCCUUGCAGAGAGGUUGGGAACAUCAAAUUCCUACCUCGAAAAGAUAUAUGAUAUUCCUAAUGUAGGAACAGUCCGUUUUCCUUCGGUAGUUGGUCAAAUUUCGAUCGAACCUUCUCAAUCCAACAAACCAGCAGUAAAGCGAAUUCGUACAUUGACUGCUUCGAAAAAGGGAUACGUUGAUUUGGAUCCAAAAGGUUGUGAAAACAAACCUGGGUGGAAAGCCAAUAGAGCAGGUACGAGAGGUUUUCGUGCACCAGAAGUUUUAUUUAGAGUUCAAAAUCAAACUUGCGCAAUCGACAUUUGGUCUGCUGGUGUCAUCUUGAUUACAAUACUAUCACACCAUUAUCCGUUUUUUAAAUCAACUGAUGACGCAGAUGCAUUUUACGAGUUGGGAAUCUUAUUUGGAAAAAAGUUGAUGCACGAUCUGGCAACGCAACACGAAAGGUACUUCCGAACCGAUAUUCCCUUGAUAUACGAUCCGGGAUUGCAAUUUGAUAAACUCUUACAUACAAUGAGGCGAGAUUUGUUUCCUAAAAAUGAUAAACAAUUGCUUACUGAAGUUCACAACGCUAUUGAUUUGUUGCAAAGGUGCCUAGAACCGUACCCGAGUAAACGAAUCACGGCGGCUGAAGCGCUUAAACAUCCUUUUUUAUUAAGCUAA